UUGACCUCACGUGCCACCAGUGGUCCAUUUAACCUAAUUAAUUAAGGAAUCCUUGUGUUUGGCAUCUUAAGUCAUGCCAUGUUGGAUACUCUCCAAUCUAUGCUGCUGCAUCUGUUGGCACCACAGAGAACAUAAUAUGAAAGCACCAACACAACCAUGACCUGAGAUUUGACCUGUGAUGGAUCCAAAAUCACCAUAAGAAUAUAUACUACACGACACUGUAUGCACAUAUCUAAUCUGUCAUCAGCCUCUUCUUUAUUUGUUCCUUGUCAUUGCAGAUCUCGUGCUCGGAGCAAGAGAAUGGGAACCGUGGAAGGCCUGGCAGCAGCUCCUGGUUUUAAGAGGUCGUCAGUGAAAGAAGCAUCGAGUACAGGUAGUCACAUGAUCGAUGCUCUGACGUUUGCAGACCUCUCAGGAGAAGAGAUCCACAGUUUAAAGAUGUUGGUCACAAGAUAACCUGCCAGAGACGAGUUGUCAUCGGUGAGCAGCCAUGGCCUACUCCAACUCAAGAUCUGUAAGAUUCCAAGAUGAUGUCGAGUUUGCCAUGUCCGAAACCAGCUACUGCGACUCGAACGACGACGACUACUCCAAGAACACCGAGCCGACAUGGAGAUCGUGUAGCUUAAGAUCAAGAGUCUGCCCUGACAAACCCUUCAAGUCCUUCAGGCAGAAGGUGCUAUCGCGCGUCUUCUCCGAGGACUACGACUCCUUGGUCGGCAGCCAAAUCGGGCUGUUCGAUCCUCGCAGCCACAUAAUUCACCGGUGGAAUAAGGUGUUCCUUGUGACAUGUCUCGUCUCCCUCUUCAUCGACCCUCUGUUCUUCUACAUCCCGGGAACUCCAGGCAUGCAGUGCAUCGACGUCGGCGUCCCGCUCGAGGUAGCUCUUACGGUCGUACGCUCGCUGGCAGAUGUGCUGUACCUCGUCCACAUCUUUGUCCGCUUCCGGACAGCAUUCGUCGCUCCAUCCUCUCGAGUAUUUGGGAGAGGUGAGCUCGUCGUCGAUCCUUCCAAGAUCACCUCCAGAUAUCUCUCCAAGAGCUUCUUCCUUGAUCUCGUGGCUGCACUCCCUCUGCCGCAGUUCCUCAUAUGGGUCGUCAUUCCUUACCUGAAUGGCUCUGCCAUCAACAACACGAAGAACUUCCUUCGGCUCAGCAUCAUCAUCCAAUACAUCCCGAGGCUGUUCCUAAUUUUCCCGCUAUCCAAGAGGAUCGUGAGGAUGACAGGAGUCAUGACCGAGAAUGCUUGGGCUGGUGCUGCUUACAAUCUUCUACUCUACAUGCUUGCAAGCCAUGUGAUUGGAGCAUCAUGGUAUCUUCUAUCGAUCGAGCGCCAAGAAGCAUGUUGGCGAGAGGCAUGUCGACUCGAAGGCUUAUCUUGUCGGUACACAUACUUCGAUUGCAGAAGCCUCGGCAAUUCCAGGAUCACCUGGAACCGACAGAGUGAUCCCACAAGCUUUUGCAAUCCCAGCAACAGCUUCUAUCAGUUCGGAAUAUAUGCAGAUGCGUUGAACUUUAAUGUGACCUCAUCCCCGUUCUUCCACAAGUACUUCUUCUGCUUCUGGUGGGGGUUGAAGAACCUAAGCUCAUUGGGGCAAAACCUCUCGACGAGCACCAAUGUGGGCGAGAUAGGCUUCGCAAUCAUCAUCGCGAUCCUUGGCUUGGUUCUCUUCGGACUGCUCAUUGGGAAUAUGCAAUCCUAUCUUCAAUCUACGACCGCCCGGUUGGAAGAAUGGAGGGUUAAGACGACUGACACAGAGCAGUGGAUGCGUCAUCGCCAGCUGCCAUGGGAGCUCAAACAGUGCGUGCGAAGAUACCACCAGUUCAAAUGGGUGGCCACUCGCGGGGUAGACGAAGAAGGCUUGCUUCAGGGCCUCCCUGUGGACCUCCGCAGAGACAUCAAGCGCCACCUCUGCCUCGAUCUAGUUAGACGAGUGCCGCUGUUCGACGAAAUGGAUGAGCGGAUGCUGGAAGCCAUCUGCGAGCGGCUGAAGCCGGCGCUCUACACCCAGGGCACGUGCCUCGUCCGCGAGCUCGACCCCGCCAGCGAGAUGCUCUUCAUCAUUCGCGGGUACCUGGAUUCCGACACCACCAACGGCGGCCGCACCGGGUUCUUCAACUCGUGCCGGAUCGGCCCGGGCGAGUUCUGCGGGGAGGAGCUACUCACCUGGGCGCUCGACCCCCGGCCUGCGGCCGCGCUGCCGCUGUCGACGCGCACCGUGCAGGCCGUGUCCGAGGUCGAAGCCUUCGCUCUCGUCGCGGAAGACCUCAAGUUCGUGGCCUCCCAGUUCCGGAGGCUCCACAGCAAGCAGCUCCGCCACAAGUUCCGGUUCUACUCGCACCAGUGGCGGUCGUGGGGCGCAUGUUUCAUCCAAGCCGCAUGGCGCCGGCAAAAGCGAUGGAGAGCAUCGAUCGAACUCGGCGUCACGGAGGGCCGCAGGGACGGUCGUUCUUUGUCACUGGAGUCAUCCGAGGUUCCAAAUCCGCGGGCAGGAGCGGCCGUGUUCGCCGCGCGGUUCGUGGCCAGCACCAAAAAGAGAGAGACUGCCGCACAAGCGGGGAAGCCAUUGAAGAAGCCCAAGGAACCAGACUUCUCCAUGGAGGACGAAAACUAAAGACAAAGGAUUGUAAUCUAGUAAACUCGUAUGUACAUGGAACACCUUUCGAGUCCGGGAAUUACUAUCACAGCCAUGGACUUGUGGGUAAUUGGCAUUCUCACAAACACCUUCAGAAGUGACUCUUAUAUGUAUGGUUUAUCAUA